AUGAAUACAAAUUAUAGUGAAAUAAGGAAAUUAUUUAAUUAUUACAUUAGAGAAUAUUAUUAUCAAAAAUCAAAAGGUACAUAUUUCGUUCAUAUUAAAAAUCCGGGAAUACUAUUUACUUCUUUAAAAUUUUAUAAAAAAAAAAAAACAAUUUUCCCAAAUAUAUAUGAUUGGUAUUUUGGUAAUUUAAAUAAUUUAAAAAAAAAUAAAGAUGUAAUGCAUUAUGAAAAUUAUUAUAAUAUAAAAAAUAUCUACUCAUACAAAAUAAACAAAAACAUAGAAAAAAAAGGGCAUAGUGUCGAAACUGAGAACAUAUAUAUAGAUGAUUCAGAAUCAAACUUAGAAAAUACAUAUAGAACAAGCAAUUUAUAUUAUAAUAUGAACCCUGUUUAUUUGUCUAAAAUAUGUUUAUAUGAUUUAAAUGAUUAUCAUAUAUUAUUUUCACCUAACUAUUAUGACGCGUUCAUGCAAUUUUAUUACAGUUUAAUAUCAUAUAAAAUGGACUUAAAUAAUAUGAAAAUGUUUCCAAACUUAAAAAUAUUGAUAAGUCAUAUUAAAAAUUUAAGUAAUAUUAUAAAUGAUGAAGUCAUCAAAAGUUCUUUUUUUUAUUUAAUUAAACAAAAAAAAAUAUUCAAUGAAGAGUACCUUCAUAAUAUUUUUAAAAGUAUAUAUUUCACUAUGCUUCAUAAUUCUCCUCUUUAUUUAUUUGUUGAUGAUUUUUCACAAUUUAGGAUAAUUCUUAAUUUUAUAAAUAAGGACGAAAUAAGAAACAUGUUUGAAAGCGCCUUACCAUAUCCUUAUUAUAUAAUAGUAGAUGGAAAUAUAAAUGUCUACAAUAUACAAAAUUUUAAUGCUUAUUUAAAAGAAUAUAUAUUUAAAGAAAAAUUGAAAAGUCCUUUUGUAGGUAAAGAAAAGGAUUUAAAUAUAAACACAAUUGAUCCAGAAGUGUAUAACACCGAAAAAAAAAACAUUGGCGAUAAUAUUAGGAAAACUAAUCAUAAUCGAAAUAAAAAUGUGAACCAUAUUGAAAACUUUAAAAUUGGAAGCGAAAAUAGUCAAGAUAUUUCAAAUCACAAAAAUUCAAAAAUUUAUUUUUUUAAGUUUAUAAAAGUAUUUGACAUGAAGCCAAAUUAUCGCUUCACCGUAAAAAAAUAA